AUGGCCAGUGCCAGUGAGGAUUCCAUAAGUGAGGUGUCCAGCAAGCGUGCUCGUUUGUCUGGCGCCAGCGCGAAAAGCCUCAAAAUAGUUGAGUCGUCCCAGCAAGGCCCCCCCAAGGUCGCGAAUCGAGUGCCCAAGUGCGCCCGGUGUCGCAAUCAUGGCAUUAUCUCGGAGCUGAGGGGCCACAAGAAGCUCUGCACCUACAAGAACUGCAAGUGUGCCAAGUGUGUCCUGAUUUUCGAGCGGCAGCGCAUUAUGGCGGCCCAGGUCGCCCUGAAGCGUCAGCAGGCGGUGGAGGAUGCGAUUGCCAUGCGGCUGGUGGCCAACAAAACGGGACGCUCCAUCGAUGCACUGCCGCCGGGCAAUAUCUAUGGCCUGACCGUCACGCAGCCGAGUUCGCCCCAAAAACUCAAGCAAGAUGAACAGCUGGAGAAGCAGAUUGUGUCGGUGGAAAGGCAGCACCAGCAGCAGCACCAGCAGGAGCAGCAGCAGCAGCAGGAGGAGCUGUGUGAGCCGCCGGCUGUGGCCCAGGAUUUGAGUGCCACCCGACGGGAGAAUGUCUCGCAGACGGCCAUCGAUAUGCUGGCGCAGCUCUUUCCCCAGCGAAAGCGAUCUGUUCUGGAGCUGGUGCUCAAACGCUGCGAUCUCGAUCUGAUACGGGCCAUAGAGAAUGUCUCUCCAGCGGCGGCAGCAGCUCCCAUGGACAGCUCCAAGUCCCAGCUGGCAAUGGCAGAGAGUCCAAUGCAAAGCCUACCGCUGGCCAUGCCCCAAAGGAGCAGCGCCUUCCGGCCGGUCAUCGCAGAUCAGUAUCCAAACAAACCUUUGAUGGAGCUGAAGCCGCCGAGUGGCGCCUUUGGGAGCAGCCCGUCGGCAGCAGCAGCGGCGGCCAUUUGCGCCUACCCCAAGUGGUUUGUGCCGCUCUCCUUUCCGGUGACCAUGGGCCAUCUCUCGAACCUGGCACCGCGCUGCACGCUGCCCAAUUGCGCAUGCCUCGACAGCUACCAGUUCCACUAGCCACCAGGAUCGCAGCUGCCAUU